CGGACAUUCUUUUGGUUUCCGCUUUAUUUGGAUCUUUUUUGUUCUAUCCCUUUUUCACGACCGUGAUUCACGUGCACUAUGGGAUAGAAGGCUACCUGUGCUGAUUUGGAUAUAAUUCAAGGCUUAGAUGAACACUAUCUGAAAAUGCCGUCAAAUCAUACAGUUACAGGGGCGGGUGCACCACCGAGGAGCUUUUCAACAAUGAAUUUAUAUGCCUUGUCCAGCUCCUCUUCGUUUCUUGGUGAUACCCCGGCCAACAUGGGCCCUAGUGGUGAGGUGAUGGAUACUGCGAAUCGACCUUUCCUGCUCACCGCAACCAUUCCAACCGAGGCGCUACACUCUGUACGAGACGAUCGAAUAGACGUUUCACGGCCGCGUGUUCCCUCCACCCAACAAUUUGAAGACCUAUCAAGGAUGAUGUCCGCCACAGUCAGUAGUGGUGGCAUCCAUGGUCCCAGUGCACGCCGUCUUAUGCACUUACAACUUCAACAGCAGCAACCUCAACCAGAAUCCGUGCAGGAUUCUGCCUUUACACACCAGUCAUCACCAGCUUCAGCGCCUAAUGCCGGUACUGUUGUUUCUCAGGGUAACCAGCGCCAUACCACUGAGGGUUCCCCCACUCCUCGCACAACAGGAAGGUCUAGUUCGGAUCACCGUUUAGCUAACACAACUCCAGAAGGUCGCAGUCCGCCUUCUCGCUCACCGACUGCAGAACAAUCCAGCCGCGUUGACUCCAUCGAACAGGAGAGGACAACCAGUCGCACUGGCGCUCCUGCAACUGCCCGAUCAAGCGUCAGUCGCGGUACCUCCGGUUCUCGGCAGGAAAAUGGGCCGAAGCCAGGCGGCUCAUUCGCCAAAAGCGUUCGAGAUAUCCUUUUAGGACGACCUCAAUCUGGAACAACUUCCGCCGCCACUGGCCCUCGAUCCGCAAGCUAUCGUCGUAUUGCUCGUUCUCGGGGACACCAAUCAACCAGUAGCAUGCCAGCCACUACAACGGGGAAACAUGUUACCCGUACGGCCAUACAAUCCGAAGCGGAGUCCGUUUCUUCAGUGUUCGCGCAAAGAACCAUUGACGUCGAUCGUACUAUUUUGACCACUGGCCCAGAUUCCCGUUUUCGACGAUCUCAUUCUCCCGGACCACUUGUGGGCGCAUCCAAUGCUAUGACACAAGAUACAAUGCGCUUUCGACUAUCUAGCCAGAGAUCCGAAUUUCCUUACACUUCUCCCGCUCUCGUUUCAUCUGAACCCGAAGUUAGACAGGCGUUGAUGUAUCUCGGUGGCCCACCAACGGCCCAGAACUUGUCCAUUAAAGACGUAUCAUAUAGCACUGACCGUCUUUCGGUCGAGGUACCUGCUGGGCGUUUACGAGAGGCUAAUAAAUCUCGUGUGCGUCCCCGCCCUCGUUCCGCUUCUUCAUCAAUGUCCAAACUCUCAGGUUUUUGGAAUGCUUUCCUCUCUGUUAGUGGUACCUCCAAAAUGGCUGCUCCUACACAUUCUGUAGGACACUCCAGCGUAACAACUGUGAAACAAGUAAAAGGUCACAGAAACUUUUUACGCCAUCGAUCCUCAGCCAGCAGUGGUGGUGAGCUGGUCUUGAUCAAGUCUCGAUCGCGACAUUCGAAACAUUCCAAAUCGAACACCGAUGUACGUGAUGGCAUUCCAAUAUCUACUGUGUCCGGUCUAAGCCGACCACAUUCGGAAGAACUCCGUUUGCUCGGUCUGCUAAACAUACAUGAUCCGGAACUGGACCUAGCCGUCGGCCCGCGUCAUCGUCACCAUCACCAACUGUCGUAUCAAAACGACGGUAUUCAUGUGAUUGCCGCCAGUCCAAGUAGGCGGGGCUCUCCCCCGACAUCACAUCACACCGACUCAGAGUACCUCGCUCGAUUGUCUACGUCAGGCAGUGUUCGGUGCCUUGAUGACCGAGGUGUUGGAACAUCUAGUACUUCCGGUACGCCACAUUCCCAACGAUCUCCAGCUGUACGCAAACAAGCUACGCGAUCCAGCACAUUUGGCUGCCUCGAAUCAUACAAGAAAUUAGACGUGCUGGGUGAAGGUUCUUACGCCACCGUCUAUCGGGGCUAUUCACACGUCAUGUGUCGAUCUGUUGCAGUCAAAGAAAUUCGCAUCAACCCAGAGGAAGGUCUUCCAUUCACUGCCAUUCGUGAAGCCUCCCUUCUCAAGGCACUGCGUCAUGCGAACAUUGUCAUUUUGCACGAUAUCGUCCACACCAAGAAUACGCUUAAUUUCAUCUUCGAAUUUGUCCAAUCCGACUUGAGCAAAUACAUCGAGAAUCACCCCCAGGGAAUUCGACUGCACAAUGUUCGCCUAUUUCUCUAUCAACUGCUGCGAGGUCUGGCCUACUGUCACGACCGACACAUUUUACACCGAGACCUGAAACCGCAAAAUCUACUGAUCUCCGGUGCCGGUGAACUGAAGCUUGCCGAUUUCGGCCUUGCCAGAGCCAAAUCUGUACCCAGCCGUACAUACAGCCACGAAGUGGUCACUUUAUGGUACCGACCACCUGAUGUGUUACUCGGGUCGACUACUUAUACCGCUUCCUUGGAUAUAUGGGGUGUCGGCUGUAUUUUCACGGAGAUGGUUUCCGGGGUGGCCACUUUUCCAGGCUCAAAAGAUGCAGUCGAUCAGCUGGAUAAAAUUUUUCGUAUCAUGGGCACUCCCUCAGAAACCACAUGGCGUGGAGUAUCCAAGCUUCCGAAAUACAAAAUGCUCCUGGGGCACUUGGAGGAAAAUGUCUCGGGUGUACAGACUCCCAAAUCACAACAACUACGUCAUGAACAUUCUCGAAGCAGCCUAAGCGCUGGAGGUACACGAGGUGGCAGUGGAUCGGAUAAGUCGGAUGACUCUUCCAAGGUGGCCGAGUCUGGUGGUUCAUCAACAAGUACAAAGCAUCGUCGUUUGCAGUGGUACCCCAGUCGACCGUUGCAUCGUGUCAUUCCUCGGUUGAACCAGGCUCCACAUUCAGAGGCCCUGGCGGCACAACUGUUGCAGUUACCACCUUCCAAACGUAUCAGCGCACGAAAUGCGAUGAGAACACCGUACUUUGCCAGUUCUUUACCAACUGCGCAGUUGGCUUGUUUACCGGAUACUGCAUCGAUCUUCGAGGUUCCAUCGGUUCGAAUGCUUCCCGAAUCCUUGUCAAGUCGGAGCGGUGGAAAGGCUGGUGGUUACUCCCGACUGUUUGAGCGCAAUUAUGUACAGGACAACUCACGACCAUCCCAAUCAGAUGUAGAUGAUACGGAGCAGCUUGAUGAAGAUCGUCUCUCAGAAGUCAAAGGCCGUGGCCGGGUGAUCAAUGGAUAUCGUGAAGAGGAAAGCUCAUCCUACUCGGUUGACGAACUGAGCGCCAAUUUGGGUAGCAAUGAGGCAGUUCACGGAGAGUGUCAUGGCCGGUGGAUACGCUCCGGCCCGGGGUUGUCUUCCAGACCAAAAGCUCACACAACAGCGGAGUUUGACCCAUCCUCAGUCAGUUUAUCAGCUGUUUCCAAUGGCAAUAAUGCUUCCGCAGCAAGGACAGCAGCAGUCUUGAAUGACCACAUCAGCAAUAGAGCUACGCGAGACAAGCACACGGCGCAUAGUGUGUGUAGGAUAAACGCAAACGGGGUUGCUCACCAGUUGUACACUACUCGAGCUUAUGAGUCCGCGGAUGCAAUCAUCCAGGCAACUCCAAUGGACGAGAAGAAGAGUGUACCUGUUCAGUCUGAUCGUGCCGAUGCAGCUGUACCAGUAGGUCAGCAACCCGAUUCCACCGAUCAUAGGCCAGUCAAAUACUUUCCUGCCAGUUUUGAUCACCCUCAGGGACUGUUAGGUCAACAGGCUCUGCACAGUCAUCCAGGUGUUACGCCACUAGGUCCACCACAAUUUACCACUCUGAACCCCGGACAAAUGUUCCAAUCACCAUUAAGACAAGGAGAUCAUCACACAUUACCUCCUGGUUCCUCUGGCUUCGCAUCUCCUUGUUCAUCGUCUGUCGUCUAUCCUCCAUCUGGGGUCCCCGUCUUCCCUGAGUACUACUUCCCAUAUUGUCCUUCCUCAGAUCACCCUCAUGUGAGCAGUUUUAAUAGCUGCCCACAGUGUCCUGCGGAGGAACGCCGUCGAGCAGCCGCGGCAGCAGCAGUUGCUGCCGCAGCAGCUGCAACAGCGGCCGCCGCAGCGGCCACUUUUUGUCCGUCCAAUCAGCAUUUAUUACCUUUCUUUUCUCAACCGCAUCCAAACGCUCAACAGGCGUCUACUCUGGUACAGAGGCAACCUACUCAACAGUUAUCUGCUAUGCCUGGUGACGUCUGCUCUGAUGCUUUAGCUCCCUAUCAAACUUCGCAUCAACCCGAUACAGAGCCCGAUACAGCGGCCAUGCGUCAGUCCUUGAGUACGGGACCUUUGAGACAGUAUCAGUUGCACAAUCCCUGCAUGCCCCCUCCCGGAUAUGUUUGCGCCUAUUUUAUGCCACAGCAGACUCUAAACCAACCAUCAUCCCACUAUACUCCCUCUGCAUAUUGGCCACAACCGUUUGUUCCGCAGCAGCAGGUGCCAAUCAGUCAACACGUCCCAGCGACUACAACAUCAUCCUACCUGCCCCACGAUACGUACACAGCUUCCCUUAGCUCAUCUGUGAUGAGCAAUUUUGUUACUAGUGUCGACACAGCAGAUGACUCCACCCGACCUUACAACAACACGUCCAGUGAGAUAUCAACGGUCUUAUCUCAGCCGGCCCGAACAACCCACUACGAAGAUGGAUCAGUAAAGCCAUUCAACCCUAAACUCGACUCCUCUAUUCCCGCCUACCCAUCCACCACUGCAACUGAAUACCCACAACAACUUCACCCUACACCAGCGGCAUCGAAAUCGUCUGUACCGGUCUCCGGUAUGCAGUCGCAUCCAGGCCCAGAGGGCGAUCGAUCCGAUCCCACUACAUCUGGACCACCACCACCCUCAUCCAAUGUAGUCGUUCAACCUGGAUUCUACAGCUUGGGUUCGGAGGCUAGUGGACAACAAUGGAUGUUCUUUCUACCAUAUCAGUUGGAUAACAAUACCACAUUACCUCAAAUGGGGAUCCCAUGGCAUCCGGUAUCGUCGGAAGCACAGGCAAGAAUGCAUCUAACACAACAAGCCACGAACUCGCCAUAUUAUUUCUCUCCCCUGAUACAAAGCCAAGCAUUUAAUAUGAAUCAGUUCAGCAAAACCCCGUAUCAUCCUGUCAUGCAUCCAGCGAUGGCAGAUCAAACUCAUUUGAAGGAUCACGCGCAAUCCUAUUGGCACUCUGGUGUGCCUUUCCCCAUGUUUACUGGUCAAGCAAUGCAAACGCCUGGUCUACCGGUUCAGCAUCAGCGCUCAGCUUCUGCUUGUCAUGCACAACCGCCUUCCGAACAAAUGUCCCGCAGCAGUUACGAACAUUAUGAUUCAGCGAAUCGUGACUCAUUUACAAGCCAGUCCAAUCCCACGGCAGUUUCUAACUGGACUACUUCCGACAAGGUCAGCCCAAAGUUCCGCGUCAACCGAAGCAUCAGUUUCACGACUCCCGAGCUGAUGCGCUUAGAAGCGAAGUUGACCAACCCUAUGCAGCCUGAUGUUCCGGCUCAUGCAGCACCCUAUCAACGUCUGCCUCGGUCACACGCCAGUUACGAACAUUAUGAUUCAGCGAAUCGUGACUCAUUUACAAGCCAGUCCAAUCCCACGGCAGUUUCUAACUGGACUACUUCCGACAAGGUCAGCCCAAAGUUCCGCGUCAACCGAAGCAUCAGUUUCACGACUCCCGAGCUGAUGCGCCUAGAAGCGAAGUUGACCAACCCUAUGCAGCCUGAUGUUCCGGCUCAUGCAGCACCCUAUCAACGUCUGCCUCGGUCACACGCGUACUAUCCUGCGAAUCACUUUUGCUCCCUGGCAGCGGCUGCAGGGACUGGAUGUAAUAACGGUGGGCAUCCCGGUUCGAAUGCAUUGCCUACUCGGCAGCAGCCUACUCAAAGUUCCCCCGCCGGUUCUGGUGACGCUGACUUAAAUUUUGAUCUAGGUGAUGGCCGUCUGCCUCGUCCUCCUCCGCCUUUCUUCUGUUCGCAUACUGGUGAUAACCUACAUAGCAGCGCUCUUUAA